CGGAACUCCAUCCAACUCAUUUUCGCGAUUUGCGACCAAUACAGAAUACAUUUGUAGUUCAUCAACUCCAAUCUUAAUCUGCGCAACAUCGUCGAAUUUCCCAAGACAUCGAUACCUCCCGUCACCUUUAACCAUCAAAGAUACCAAUCGCCCUCUUCUUUCUUUAAUUCUUAACACGCUUUGCCUAUCAAUUGCCCAUCACACCUGUUCGCGACCUUUCAUCAAGUACAUAAAAAUUAGUAACCAAGCAGGACAAGUGGACGAAGCCUGCGACCAGACUAAUGCUCUGGCUUACUUGCCAGCUAAUGCUACUUGAUUCCUUCCUUCUCCCUGACGAUAAUUAUCGCGAAUUUGCCCCCUUUUCGAUUCAAUAUGGCACCUAAUCGGGGUCCCGGUAACAAAGAUGUUUAUAUCCAUGAGAUUGAUCGGACUCCAGAGUAUAACGAGUUUAUCCAGAAGCUUACAGCUUUCCACGAAAAACGUGGAACAGCUUUCGAGCCCGAGCCACGUCUUCCUACUAUGCAUGGUCACGUCAAUGUAGAUUUGCUCAAGCUAUACAAGGCAGUCAUUGCAAAAGGCGGUUAUGAUGAGCUCAACAAAGUUCAGAAGGCCUGGGGCGUUCUUGCUGCUGAGCUGGGCAUGCACCACGUAGACAGCAAGGGGAUCGGCCAGCUUUCCUUUCAACUGAAACAAGACUUUUACAGAUAUCUCGCAGCGUUCUGGAUUUAUGACCACUACGGUAGAGAGCCUCCCCCCAAAGAGAUUCUAGAGGCUACGUCAUGCGCGAGCAAGAAUGGCCCAGUUUUGACUCGCACUACCGAUAAUUUCAAAUUACCUGGAAGCCGCUCGGGUGUUGAGACUCCUAGCCGAGAUGACCGACAGGCCGAGAGUACACCUGUUUCUGGAAAUAGAGCUUCUGGUCGUCUUCGCGAGGCGCCUCCGCAACGGGUUCCCUUCCAACCUGAGACCGGCCCGAGCCGCCAACCCAGACAACCUUCUUCCAACCACAAUACACCAACUAAUACUGCCCCCAACACUGCACAUACUUCUCACCUCCCUCAUGCGCAACACCCCAACCAUCACUUUUCGCAGAAUCACAAUUCCAACAACCCUCUACACCUGAUACAAGCACAACAGGCCGCUCUGCGAGGUGCCUCUACUACGUAUACUCCUACGAAUAUGGAGACUGCCUCGCGCUUGGCGGAGCUAUUUGAACCACGUCCUCCUAUAUCCGUCCCCCUCCGUCCAGUCAAUACACCGGGUAACAACCCUGUAGAAUUCGCCAAACGACAACGCCAAUUACGGAUAGCCGCUAGUCUUACGGAUGGGCAAAUGCCCAUGCGUCCUGCUAUCCCUGGUAUUGGAUUUGAAGGCCCUAAUAUCUACAUGCGCUGUCUCCAAGCUCUCCGUUCAGGCAUUCCAGCCGAACAGUCAUUCGCGCUAAAUCACCUCGUCAAGAUUUCAUUUGAGCGCGGUGAUAAGUACAAAUUCGAAUCAUUUCACGGUUUAGCAGAGGGCCUCAUCGAAAAAGCGUUGGAAAUAAGCAGUCUAUUUUAUGACAUUGACUGGCAGAUAGCCUACUCCAACGACCAGGAAAGCUUGGAUAUCUCUAUUCUUGACGGGCUCAACGGGACGAGCGACAUCCUCGAGCGAAUCGCAAUGCUCACACCCAAGCCCGUUCUCGAUUACACACAGCCCGCAGAAUUUAGCGACCGUUUGUUGCGUAUCACCGAGGCCGUUCUAACCAUUCGAAACAUGGUCAUGUUGAUGGAGAACGCUGUUUAUAUGGCAGACGUGUAUCCCUUAAAGGACUUGCUUUGCAUCCUUCUGCAUCUGCCAAAUCUAGAGAUGCUUGUUGAAAUCAAGCAUUUUGCUCUGGACAUCGCUGAACAGCUCACACCUUGGCUGAUGCUCGAUUCCCACGAUCCAUUGUAUCGAACAAUGCUUUCUCAGCUGGAUUCGACAGACCGUGGCAUAAUCUUGACGUCUCUUCGUGCAAUCAGCCGAAUCUCGAUGAACCUGGAUGCAACUAACAAGCUGCAGAAUGUCCCCGCCUCAGUUCUGCAAAAUAUCAUAAACUGGCUUUUACUUAAUGACGAGGAACUGAUGGAUGCAUGCCUAGACUUCCUCUACCAGUAUACAGCGGUGGUGGCUAAUGUUGAAUCCCUACUGAAGGCCGUUAAUAUGGAACACGUCGUUCCACAUCUUGUUCGGCUACUAGCUCAUGGGGCUAAAAGAGUGAAGGAGGAUCGAAUUCUUGAGCCGGAACGAAAAGCGCCCUCCUCAGAAGAAGUUGCACCCUUACCUCCGGAUCUCCAAGAGAAACAAGACAACACCGAGGAGCCUCAAAGAUGCUUUCAAUGGCUACAGAGUCUAUUCGAGGAAGACGCCGAAUCGCAUAUCACACAGAUUGCCAUAUGGUCAGCCUAUCAACGCUCAUUCGGGCACUUGAAUACCAGUAACAAGAAAGGCAUGGUGGCGGCAGACUUCAUUAGAAAUGUCAGUCAUUUGUUUUCAAGUGCACGAGCCCAAAUUAUCAGGAGGAGUCCGCGGUCUGAGCAGCCUGAUCUUUUCAUAAUUGAAGGUAUCAGAGCACGGACGUUGCCGAUUAAUCCCUCGACAAAAGAGGAGUAUUCGCCAUGCCGGUGGAUGAUAACCAAGGGCCCUUACUGGAAGAAAUGCAACCAUUUCUUCCUUGGCGGGGAGAAGAUGUGGCAUCAUGUCCUCACGGCCCAUUUAGGAGUCACCAUAGGCGAAGGUGGUAAGAUUGAAGACAAAGAAAUCCCCGCAUUGUGUAAUUGGGAGGGCUGCAAUAAGUAUGCGACAACACGUGACCAAAUUAAGCUAUCACAACUUGCCUGUCACACCAAGACUCAUAUUCCUUCGGCGCCAAAACGCGUACCAGGCGAAGCAGUGGAAUCGAUAGCAAAGCGACAGCGCAAGGCUUACAUCACCCCAGCAAAAACCAUGAGUCUUGCCUGGGAACAGACUAUUGUUACCAAGGACGAGCGAAACCCUAAGAUCGAGCAGGCAGCUGGCAUCCCGCUGAGCGCCGUUCUGGUAUUGCGUAACAUUGCGCGCAAUGUGGUCAAAACAGAGUCUGAGGAGCAGCUAUUAAAGAAACAUGAGAUGGGUGGCGAGGGCGGUGGUUGGAACGAGAAGCUCUUUCGUCCUGUCAUGGCUCGUUUAUUUGAGGUUAUGACAGAAAAUAAGGCUUUGGUGCGCUUUUCUUUUCUUUUCUCUCCUUUCUUCUACCUUCCUAACCCUCACCUUUUUAUUGAUCUAUAUUGAUUCGCCACUCACAUCACUUUGCUAACUAACAUCUUUUCAGGCCGACUAUAUUACCUCCCUUCUACAGCUAGUACAGGAUGACUAGGAGGUAAAAUUGAUUUCAGGGUCAUGAUUGAAAUUAAAUCAUGUGUGCAGGAUGAAUAAAUACCCCAGGCGUUUUACAUUCGGUCAGUUGAUUGGGAGGAUGGAAGAAAGAAGGCGAGGGCAGCACAAAAGAAAGCCCCAUAUUGGCGUUGUACCUCCAAGGACAAGAAUAGGUAGUAGGUACCUACCUAAAUGUAUCACUAAUCACGUAUCUGCGCGUCAUAAUACACUCCCGCCUGGACGCUA